GAAGCUGUCGUGGAUUAUCGUAACUAUCGUACAGAUCAGAUCCAGGGCCAGUUGAAGCAAGCCUUGUUUAGAGGACACAGACGAGGCGAAUACAUAUUAACUGAUUUCUAAUCACUGUUUGGCGGUCAGCUUGCACUACAAGGCAACACCUGAUCAAAGAUCCGGUGUGGAGAUGUUACACCGUAAUAUGUGUUUUUGAAAAGCUUGAUUAUUGUAAAUUCCGCCUUUCGUCCACCGGUACAGCUAUUUUAUUAAUGCUUUAUGGAUUAACAAUGUCCUAGACGACCGAGAAGUAAAGGAUUGUCCGGGCAACGGCGCUGUGCAGAGAAGGGACUGCAUUUCAAAGUAAUUGUACUUUUCCUCAGAUGGAUUAUGCUGUGUACAACUAGGUCUUCCUGCCAGUGCCACCACCCGUUUGUUUGCAGACUUGAGGUCCCGUACAGCGGUAAACUUGGAAGUCGAGCGUAUUUCAUGUAAUGUAUUCGAUGACUUUCGGGGACUAUUGACAGCUGUGUGUAAAUACAUAAAGCCAGGUGAAUCAGCCUUUCAAUUCUACCUCGGUUGACUUUUUAAUAGUCAAAAUAUGUUGAAAAUGGAGCGUCUGAACUGCCGGGUGGCAAAGUUGCUGUCGGCCGCGGUGCAGGAGGUGCUGGAGGUGGUGAAGGAGACGGUUUCGGAGUAUCAGGAUAAAACCGCCCGAACCCAGAGGGAAAACGAGAGUCUGAAGAGGAGACUACAGGAACUGCAGGAAGAGAACCAUGCAAAACACUCAGGACUCAAAUUGCAUCCCAUCGCACCCGAACAUGAAGUCCAGCAGAAGGAAGAGUCUGACCUGGAAGAAGCAGAUAAUCAGGAGGCGCUGUCCUUUCCCUAUUUGGGUUCUAUUGGUACUCUUCCCUCUGAAACACCAAUCAGAUCGAAGUCUCACGUUGGUCCCCCCCUCCCACAGCAGAGACGCCAUAGACCCAGUCUUGACCCAGGCCAAUCAAACAAACCUCACAAGACCGACCCAACAUCUAAUCACAAUAGUUCUACUGGCCUGUUGUCCAAUCACAACAGUCCUACCGGCCAGCUGCGCAAUCACAGCAGUGCUGCUGGUUUGCUGUCCAAUCACAACGGUUCCACAGGCCAAAUGCCCAAUCACAGCAAUUCUGCUGGUCUGUUGUCAAAUCACAACAGUUCAGCAGGCCCAAUGCCCAAUCACAGCAGUUCUGUUGACCUGUUGUCCAAUCACAACAGUUCAACUGGCCCUCCUUUCCUCUUCUCCAGAAACAGUCCUGGUUCUCCAGUCUUGCUCUCUCCGAAGCAGAUAAAAACUGAGCCUGACUGGGCUGAUCACGACCCAGGGAAUGAGGUCCUGCCAGCAGGGUACUUCCAUGAACCCCCAGCCUGUUUCGGAUCAGAACCCUUUGCUCUGAACCUCACCGGGGAAGAGGUACCCUUUGACUGGGCUGGUUCUGACCUCAACCCCAUGUCCUUUGACCCCACGGACCCCAGUCAGUCAGGGAGCAGAACACUACAGCAGAGAGGGGUUGGUCGACCCAAGCGGUACUGCUGCACACUGUGUGGCCGGGCCUUUAGGCACGCAGGAGACCUAAAGAAGCACCACCGGGUCCACACCGGUGAGAAACCUUACUGCUGCUCAGUGUGUGGCAAGCGCUUCAGCCAGUCGGGCUACCUGAAGAUCCACCUCCGCCACCACACUGGAGAGAGACCGUACGGCUGCACACAGUGUGGGAAACGCUUCAGCCACUCGAGUAACUUUAAGAAACACCAGCUGACGCAUCUAUAGUUUAUAGAGCUUACGUCACGCGGAUCAGGGCUAGGGCUAAGUGUUUAAGACUAUAAAUGUUGAAAAUUGUGUUUUAUGAUGUAAACUGUUCCAGGAUUUGUGGGCAUUUGAGAGCAUUUGUUUUAAAUAUCUUUCGCACACAAUGUCUAAUACUCCACAUAGUAUUUGGAGUCAGAAUUGAUGCAAUAGCUUUAGUGCAGUAUUGACUAAGCUGGGUUUGUUAAUUUAUCAUUAAAGGAUUUGAGUCACUAUUCUUCCCAUUCUUCUGGAGUCACCAUUCAAGCAAGGUUUCUUAAUAGGUACUCCACAUUGACUGCUGCGACCCGUUGCUACAAUCCAAAGACCAAAGCGUCCAUGAGCGCAGAAUGUAGGCUAUAUACAGUAGGUAGAUUGACAGGUAAGCCAUCUAAUCAUUUCAUUCAGGCCAAAUUAAAUGAUUGGAGGGGAUUAUUACAUGUGUAACAUGCUUGGCUCUGGCAUGAACAAACUGGGGAGGCCACACGCAGGGCAAAGGAAUAACAAUGAUUUAUUACAUACGAUUUAACAGAAACUAAGGUAAAGGUAAUAGGAUGUGUUGUAAGUCAGUGAUAUGCGAUGUAACCAAAAGUGUGGUGUGCGAUCAGUCAUGAGAACAACCAAACAGAGCCUAAAGCCAGCGGAGGAGAGGAGCCCCUGGGUGUUGGCACGGCAGGCCUUUUCUACCCUCGCCCAUCAGCAGGUUCAUUGCUCACACCUGAGACCUGCACACAAGAAAGGGCGGUGACAGAACAGGCAAGCAGCACAAAUGGGCGGAGCCUCCAGAGACCAGCCUGGAUCGGUACAUCUCCCCCCCCCCCUUAAAACAGUAGCCCACCUAUGUGGGAUUCUGUUUUACCAGCCCACACAUACGACACUUCCAGAGCCAUGGGCAACCUUGAAAGAACCACAUAGGCCUACAAUACAAACCGCUCGCCCCUCCUUACACCCAGAUUCCCGACCUCCAACAAUUUCCGGCCCCUGGAAAAGUGAUCGAAGAAGGACAGGCGCACGAGUCGUUGAUUUGGAUUUUGCAGUGAAUGCAAAAACGUUAACGGAUAUGAUCUGAGAAUAUGACGACAGGGUGAACUCCCCCACCGACAUAUACAUUGAAUUGUUGCUGAGCCCAAACAAGAGCCAAGGCUUCUUUCUCAAUAGUGGAUGAAUUGGCUUGGUACUUAUUAAACUUUUUCGAAUAAUAACAAACGGGUCUUGGGGAACUCUAACCUCCCCCCUAGGGGGAACUAUAACUUCCCCUAGGGAGGACUCUUACCUCCCUACGGGAAAAUAACUAAUUGACCCUUUGGGGGGGGGACUCUAACCUCCCCUCUGUGAAAUAAAACGACCCUUGGGGGGACUUCAACCUCCCCUCGGUGGAAAGCUUCAGAGGGACUUGCAAGGAACGCAUCCAUUGAUUCUGUUUCCUCAUUUUCUCCUUGCGUCGGAAAACGUUGCUGGUUUCCAAUGCCUAAUUAUUUGGCGCCAAGAAUCUUUAAUUUUAAUUUAGCACUACAAAACCACACUAUGCUCCCCAAUAGCCAAUAAUGGGAAUCAAAAAUGUAACUGCUACAUACCAAUUCCCAGGUUGCAAAAUCCCAGACGAGCCCCCAUAUGUGACAUGCUUGGCUCUGGCAUGAACAUAAACCGGGGAGGCCACACGCAGGGCAAAGGAAUAACAAUGAUUGAUUAGAAAAGCUUUAACAGAAACUAAGGUAAAAGUAAUGGGAUGUGGUGUAAGUCAGUGAUAUGCGAUAUAACCAAAAGUGUGGUGUGCGAUCAGUCAUGAGAACAACCAAACAGAGCCUAAAGCCAGCGGAGGAGAGG